UCAAGAUGGCGGCGCCCAGUGGCACAGUGAGCGAUUCCGAGAGCAGCAGCAGUAGCGAUGGGGAGGAGCUGGCGCGGUGCCGCGAAGCGGCUCUGCCGGCCUGGGGCUUGGAGCAGGCCCCGCGGGGAGCGGAGAAACCAAGAGCCGGUAGGAAGUUGUAUUCCGGGAGGCUGCCCAAAAGGAAUGCUGCAAAUAACCAGUUGGCAGCCUCCCAGCCGAGCCUCAGGCAUAAGGUGGAUGAGCACGAACAAGACGGCAACGAGCUGCAAACCACCCCCGAGUUCCGAGCCCAUGUAGCCAAGAAGCUGGGCGCGCUGCUGGACAGCUGCAUCACCAUCUCAGAAGUAGUGAAGGAGCCGAGAAAAGCUAAGAUACAGGAAGUGGCCUCAGAGGACAAUGGCUUCCGCCUCUUCUUUACGUCCAUCCCCAGAGGCCCCGACGAGGAAGCUGCUCCCCGGCCCUGCCGAAAGCGGCAGCCCUCCAGCUCUAGCAGCGAGGACAGCACUGAGGAGUGGCAGCGGUGCCGGGAGGCUGCUGUGUCAGCCAGCGACAUUCUCCAGGAAUCAGCUCUCCACGGCCCCGUCCAGGGGGAGAAGGAGGCCAAGAAGAAGAAAAAGAAGCUGAAAAAGAAAGCCAAGAAGGUGGCCAGCAUCGACCCGCCUGAAGCCACCACCCCAGCCAGCGGAGCAGCAGUCCAGAAACAAGAAAAGGAGUCAGGGGCGAUCAGCAGGGACCAGGUGUCACCUGGGACCAAAGAGAAGAAAAAGAAGAAAGCGAAGAAGGCCGGCGCGGCUUCCUUAUGCCCACUGUCAGAGCGCGCAGCCGCUGUGCCUGCAGACUGACCCUGGGUGCCGCACCCUGCUGGCUCCAAGGACGAGGCCGCCAAGAGGGACAAGCCAUUUCCAUACCUACCUCUCCAAGCUCCAGUGCUUGGCUGGCAAGCCAGACUCUGUCCCUCUGUAUUCCUGCUGAAGGCUGGACAGAACUGUACUUCCAGAACAUUCUGUGGCCUCAGCUAUUCAAGACUACUGACCAAGUAGAGCUGCCCCCACCACCCCAAGACUGUCCAUACUGGACAAGUAAAGGGAGAUCUUUCACUGCGUGUGGUGGCACACACCUCUGAUCCCAGCACGCAGAAGCCUGAGGCAAAAGAAGCACCGUUAGUUCAAGACCAGCCUGGACUACAUAGCAAGACCUUGUCUCAAAACACACGGGAAGCGGGGAGACCAUUCUCCCUCCCCAGCUGAUUGUGUGGGACAUAUUUAGAAAAUGAGGGAAGGGGUCCCCAAGAUGCCAGGGCCCAAACAUUUAUACUUCCACCCCCAACUCAUAGAAUUGACAGACAUUUUCAGGAAAAGGAGGAGAGGGUGUUUUCGCUUCCAUUUUCCAGUUCCCUUUCUGCGUUUUGAUUUUAUGGGUAUAAUAAUGUCUGUGAACCAA